GAGAAGGUUUUGCCAGGAUCUCAGGGUGGGUUUCUCUCUCCCUGCAGGUGAGGCUGGUGCCAGCAUCAUCCGAGUGUCAAAGGAGGCCCGGAAGAGGUUCUUGGGCCCCCUCCACCCAUCUUUCAACUUGGUGAAGAUCAUUCGGAUCUGCCUGUCCAAGACGGUGCCCGAGAACGGGCACGAGGUGGCAGCAGGACGUCUGGGCAUCUCCCUGACACGGGUCUCAGAUGGGGAGAACGUCAUCCUGUCAGACUUCAACUCCAAGGAGGAGCUGAUCCAGGCUUGUGUCUGCAGCACCUUCAUCCCUGUCUACUGUGGGCUGAUACCUCCAACCUUGCGUGGAGUGAGGUAUGUUGAUGGAGGGAUUUCUGACAACCUGCCCCGCUAUGAGCUGAAGAACACAAUCACAGUGUCCCCCUUCUCAGGGGAGAGUGACAUCUGUCCCCGGGACAGUUCCACCAACAUGCACGAGCUGAGAGUCACCAACACCAGCAUCCAGUUCAACCUCCGGAACCUGUACCGGCUCUCCAAGGCCCUGUUCCCCCCAGAGCCACAGGUGCUGCGGGACAUGUGCAAGCAGGGAUACCGGGAUGCUCUGCACUUCCUGAAGAGGAACGGUGAGGCUCCGGGUGUCCGGGGGGGCCCUGACCCGACUCCUCU